AUGUCCUUUCACAGUCCUUCUCAUUCUUCCAGAGGGUCUAGUCAUGAGUGUGAGGGCAGUGAUGGGCCUAGUCGUCACAUGACUGUGGAUACACAUGAACCUGCUCCAGUUCUUGAUAUGACGACUGGUAGAACUUUCAGUCGGCAUGUCCCGCGAACCAAACGUGCAAGGUCACCAUCAUCAGACGAAACCGACAGCGACAUAAACGAACCUGUAACUCCUCCUCCCAUAAUCCACCAUCUAUCUCGUUUUGUCAAGCAUGCAAAAUCAAACCCAAAGCCUUAUGAGAGGAAUGGCUCUACCAGAUUGGAGCGCCGCUUUUUUAACAAUCAGUUGCGUCACAAAGACUCAAUGAGUCAGGAAGAUGCUGAAAAGAGCAAAGAUGUGCUUGAGCGUUGCCUGGGAAGGUUGUCUCCUGGGGCUGCAGCUCAAGCUGUCGUUACGAUGCACGCUGACGUUGAAUGGAGGCGUGUGUCUGCUCUGGCAACGGCGUGGGAAAUCUAUGCUAGUGAGGAGCACUUAAAGUUCCUUCACAUGGUUUUGGAGGAUGAGGGGGAAAAAUACACAAAUGCUUCUCAAGAGCCCCUUGGAAUAUCAGUCCAGGAGCUCGUAAGAUCCGAUGAGAAGGAUAUCAAGGAACAGAUAGACUGCAGUGUCACAGCAUAUAGCGACGAUAUUGCAUUGUUCUCUGUUGGAGAUACUCAGCUGGAUUAUCUCGAAAAUGCUCCUGACGAUCAGCUCAAAGUCACAGAUGUGACUAGCGACUCUGACGACUCUGGCAUUGCGCUUACGAACUCGGAAGAAGACCGAUUCCGAACAACCUCCAAGUUGGGAGGUUCUGCCGAUGCCAGCUGA